CAACAAUGGAGGAAACUGUGAUAUGGGAACAGCACACAGUAACGCUUCACAGAGCCCCUGGGUUUGGAUUUGGAAUUGCAAUAUCAGGAGGAAAAGAUAACCCUCAUUUCCAGAGUGGCGAAACAUCUAUAGUAAUUUCGGAUGUGUUAAAGGGAGGUCCAGCUGAGGGGCUUUUACAGGAAAAUGAUCGUGUUGCAAUGGUUAAUGGUGUCUCAAUGGAUAAUGUAGAGCAUGCUUAUGCAGUACAGCAGUUGAGGAAAAGUGGGAAGAAUGCAAAAAUUACUAUAAGAAGAAAAAAGAAAAUUCAGAUUCCUGUUGCCAGACCAGAAGCAAAUCAAGUAUCAGAGCAUGAAGAAGAUAGUUAUGAGGAAGACUUGUAUGAUGAAAGAAGUGCACGGAGUGGACCAAGUGCAUACAGUGGGGGGAAAAGAAGUGAGAAGAGUUUAAGGGAUAGAAGUGCAAGCAGGGAACGAAGCUUAUCACCCCGUUCAGAUCGUCGAUCUGUUUCUUCUAAUUUGCCCUCAAGGCCAAUCAAGGUCACUUUGGUAAAGUCAAGGAAAAAUGAAGAGUAUGGAUUGCGUUUGGCUAGCCACAUUUUUGUGAAGGAGAUAUCCCCAGAAAGUCUUGCAGCAAGAGAUGGAAAUGUUCAGGAAGGUGAUGUUGUUCUGAAGAUUAAUGGCACAGUUACAGAAAAUCUGUCAUUAUCAGAUGCAAAAAAGUUAAUAGAAAGGUCAAAAGGCAAAUUGAAGAUGGUGGUACAGAGAGAUGAAAGAGCAACUCUGUUGAACAUACCAGAUCUAGAUGACAGCGUUCCAUCUGCAAAUGCAUCUGAAAGAGAUGACAUUUCUGAAAUUCAAUCGCUGGUAUCAGAUCAUUCUAAUCGAUCACAUGACAAAGCCCGCGAGAGUCGCUCACGAUCCCCUGAUCAGAGGUCUGAGCCUUCAGACUAUUCCAGGAAUUCUCCACAACAAACUAGUGCUGGAAGUCAACAUAGUCGUGAAGAUGUGAAAGUCGGAAAACCUGCAUCUGUAUCUACACCUGUGAAAAGUUCUGAAGCCUUGCCGGUUUCCAAGCCCAUAGAAGAUUAUGUUACAAGAAUUGUAGAUGAAAAAAGUGAAACCGAGAUCUCAACUCUACCAGAGCCCAAACCCGUGUAUGCUCAGCCUGGACAGCCAGAUGUUGAUUUACCAGUCAGUCCAUCUGAUGCACCUCUGCCUAACUCAAACCAUGAUGAUGGGAUGCUCAGGCCUAGCAUGAAGCUUGUGAAGUUCUGUAAAGGUGACAGUGUUGGCUUACGUCUAGCAGGAGGCAAUGAUGUAGGUAUAUUUGUUGCUGGAGUUUUGGAAGACAGCCCUGCAGGCAGGGAAGGACUGGAGGAAGGAGAUCAGAUUCUCAGGGUAAACAAUGUUGACUUUGCAAAUAUCAUUAGGGAAGAGGCAGUGCUGUUCCUGCUCGAUCUUCCUAAGGGAGAUGAAGUGACUAUUCUUGCUCAGAAGAAAAAGGAUGUUUAUCGUCGAAUUGUAGAGUCUGAUGUUGGAGAUUCCUUUUACAUCAGGACACAUUUUGAGUAUGAAAAAGAAUCACCAUAUGGCUUGAGUUUCAAUAAAGGUGAAGUAUUCCGUGUUGUGGAUACACUUUACAAUGGAAAGCUUGGAUCUUGGCUUGCAAUUCGUAUUGGUAAAAACCACAAGGAAGUGGAAAGAGGCAUAAUUCCCAAUAAAAACAGAGCAGAACAGUUGGCCAGUGUUCAGUAUACACUUCCAAAGACAGCAGGAGGGGAUCGUGCAGAUUUCUGGCGUUUCCGAGGCCUUCGAAGUUCAAAGAGGAAUCUUCGGAAAAGCAGAGAAGACCUUUCUGCACAAUCUGUCCAGACGAAAUUCCCAGCUUAUGAGAGAGUUGUUCUUCGGGAAGCUGGUUUCCUUAGGCCUAUUGUUCUGUUUGGCCCAAUUGCUGAUGUUGCAAGAGAAAAACUGGCAAGAGAAGAGCCGGAUUCAUUUGAAAUUGCUAAAAGUGAACCAAGGGAUGCUGGCACUGACCAGCGUAGCUCUGGCAUCAUUCGACUGCAUACUAUCAAACAAGUCAUUGACAGGGAUAAACAUGCUCUAUUAGAUGUCACGCCUAAUGCAGUGGAUCGUUUGAACUAUGCACAAUGGUAUCCAAUUGUGGUGUUCCUAAAUCCUGACAGCAAACAAGGUGUUAAAAAUAUGAGGACAAGGUUAUGUCCAGAAUCUCGGAAGAGUGCUAGGAAACUGUUUGAACGUGCUCUCAAACUGCGGAAGAACAAUCACCAUCUUUUCACAACCAUUAUUAAUUUGAAUAGCAUGAAUGAUGGCUGGUAUGGAGCAUUGAAGGAAACAGUUCAGCAGCAGCAGAGUCAACUUGUUUGGGUUUCAGAAGGCAAGGCUGAUGGUAGUGCAGAAGAUGGUCUUGAUAUGCAUGAUGAUCGUCUGUCUUACCUGUCUGCUCCUGGCAGUGAGUACUCUAUGUAUAGCACUGACAGCAGGCACACAUCAGAUUAUGAAGAUACAGAUACAGAAGGGGGUGCUUACACUGACCAAGAACUGGAUGAAACUCUAAAUGACGAGGUUGGUCCUCCACCAGAGUACGCUAUUACCAGGUCUUCUGAACCUGUGCGGGAUGAUCCAACAACAUUACUGCAUCAUGAGGGCCAGGCCUACCCGGCAUAUCAAGUACAAGCUCAGCCCCAGCAGGCUCACAGGGGAGAUCCCUCAAAUUCUAAAGUGCCAGCAGCUGGGCAGAUGUACAGAAGAGAUCCAUACACAGUAGAGGAAUCACUAGGACCAAAUUAUGGCAUAAACCAGCCUGCUGUUGGACAUGGGCAGAGGUAUGACAGUGAUCCACCACCAAUGAAUGAGCCACAACCUCUAUAUCAGGACCAACAGCCAUAUGCAGAACACAAUCAGCUGCCUUAUAAAUAUGAACCUACAAAUAGUUAUGCAGGUCAGCCUUCCCAUAGUUUUGAUCCACACCUGAAUUAUGGUGAACCAGUGUCUGUUUUCGACAAUCAGUGGGGAAACUAUGAUGAGAAAUUGUCCCAGCCUUUUCAGUUCAGACCUUCAUAUGAAAAUCAACAUCUCCGAGAACAUGAUGUAAGGCAACAGUUUGAUGGAAGUCCUCAGCAUAACUACUUGCCCCCUCAACCACGGUAUGAUGAACAGCCACCUUUAAACUUUGAAAACAGGCCCAAUUACAGUCAGGCUGAAAUGUCUAAAAUGCCGCAGCCACACUAUGAAGGGCAGCCUGCAGCAAGCUAUGACAUUCAUCCUAGAUAUGAACCAGAUCAGAACUUUUCUCCACCUGUACUUAACUCUCCAGAACCUAAGCAUUAUUUUGAUCCACAUUUGCGAACCCAUGAACAAGGUCCUCCACAAGGAUAUAACAAUGCUAGACCAGGAGCUCAUGACUCUUCUUACAACAGAGAUUGUGUUACUCCUCCUCCAGCCCACAACAAGCCCCAACCUUCUGUUAAUAAACCUCAGCUCACACCACCAUCCUUGAAUACUUCACAAGAGGAAGAAGAUCCAGCAAUGAAACCACAGUCUGUGCUUAACAGAGUUAAAAUGUUUGAAAACAAAAAGCCAUCAGAGAGGAGUAAAGAAACGGAUGCUGCUAUUCCUCGGCCACCAGAGGUACCUUUGAAGCCAGUAACUGCUCCCAAACCAGCUGUUCCAGUGACUGUUGAACCAGAGAAAACAACAUACAGAACUCCGGGAAUACAGAAAGCUCCAUCCAAGCCGCCUGAAGAAAUUAUUCGAGCAAACCACUAUGACCCAGAUGAGGAUGAAGAAUACUAUAGAAAGCAGUUGUCUUUCUUUGAUCGCAGGUCUUUUGACAAUAAACCUGUGACCCCAGUUUCUGGGAGUCAGUCUUCAGAGUCUAAUAAAUCUGCACAGCCAGCACUUCAGCCAAAUUACAGCAGUUAUGUAUCCAGAUUUCUUGGCUCUUACACUAGCUAUGACUACUUCAGAAGGAACAUGAAGUGUAGGAGUAAACCUGCAGAUGCCGAACCUGUUGAAAAGCCUUUUGUGGGUGAUAAAAGAUUUGAGCCAGUUUCUCAGGUUACUCCUCCUCAAUCCCAGCAUGGACAGCUUUCUCAGCCCUUAGCAAACCCUGCGGUUCCUCCUCCUCCUGUAAAUCCCAAGCCAUCACUGCCUGAGUUGAAUUCUGUCUCAGUGGAUUUACCAGGAUCUACAGUUUCUAAACCUGAACCACCACCUCAACAAUCUAAACCAGCAGCCUUCAGAUCUUCAAGCCGAGAGGACACUGUUCAGUCCAGCUUUUACCCUCAGAAAAGCUUUCCAGAAAAAAGUCCUGUUAAUGGAAUAGAACAAACUCAGAAGCCUUUCUCCUCAACAUACAAUCGGUUUACUCCAAAACCUUACACAAGUACUGCUCGGCCAUUUGAACGCAAGUUUGAAAGCCCAAAGUUUAAUCACAAUCUUCUACCAACUGAAGUGCAUUUAAAACCUGAAAUACCACCAAAGGUGCAGAAUUCUCCACAGCCCUUGUCAAAGUCCCAGAAUUCUCCUCAACCUGUUGAGACUGACAGUGGAAUGGACUCCUUUCCUAGGCAAUCUGAAAAGUCUAAGUAUCAACCAAAUAAUAAUUCUUCAGUGCCUAAAGCCAUUCCUGUAAGCCCUACUGCAUUAGAUGAUGAUGAAGAUGAUGAUGGCCACACAGUUGUAGCAACUGCAAGAGGAAUCUUCAACAGCAACGGAGGCGUGCUAAGCUCUAUAGAAACUGGUGUCAGCAUUAUCAUACCACAAGGUGCCAUCCCUGAAGGAAUAGAACAGGAAAUCUAUUUCAAAGUUUGUCGAGAUAACAGCAUCCUUCCACCUCUAGAUAAAGAGAAGGGUGAAACACUGCUUAGUCCUCUGGUGAUGUGUGGACCCCAUGGACUGAAGUUUCUGAAGCCAGUGGAGCUACGCUUACCUCAUUGUGCGUCUAUGACUCCUGAUGGUUGGUCUUUUGCUCUAAAAUCGUCCGACUCCUCGUCGGGUGAUCCUACAAGCUGGCAGAACAAAUCUCUUCCUGGUGAUCCUAACUAUCUCGUUGGAGCAAACUGUGUUUCUGUUCUGAUUGAUCACUUCUAAAGUUGUGCACAGCAGAUGGGUUGCUGGAUAUUAAACUGUCUUAGACCUGCAACAAGGACCGAACCACGUUAUGAAGUAUUAUGGUGUCAGAGCAAUGUACUGACUGGGAUUUUUGUGGUGGUAAAUGUGCUUGAGAGCUUACUGUUGCUUGGUGGAAGAUUUUUGAGUCCGGGUCAGAAUAUAUGCCAACGGUUUUAACUGUGACUGUCAGCACUGAUGCUGUAGUGAAAAUGUUCUAAGAUACUUAUCAGGAACAUCUGGAACUGUUGUCAUCAAACCCUGCCAGCUGUUAAAACAUUGUAAUUAUAGGACAUUAUAUAUUGGCAUUUUACCAAUAGUAAGAUGCUUGGGAUGCUACUUAACUGAGUUUGUCAUGGAUUCAGAUGAUUUCCCUUUCAGAAAGCCAGCUUGAGUAUUUCCUGUAAAUAUACUGAGAGCAACCAUCAGGAAUGGUACUGCUAACCCAUUUUAGAAUGUUGUAUGUAGAUGCACCUUUAGAUUGACAUAUUUUGUUGCAAGCAUAGUUCUUUUUUCUUGAACAGAUAUACCACUAUUUAUUUCCUAACUACACUGCAGAAUGCUCUUUUGGAAAGGGUAAUAUGCAUGUGCUGAGACUUGGAUCAUUAACCCUUUCUUACACAAUCACUAACUCAUUUUUCAACACUUAACUAGCAGAGAUGCCUUAUCCUUAUAUUUAACACUCUUAAUUGUCUUUAUAUUAUUUCCUGGAUUACACUACUCCAAAGUUACUGUAUUUUUAUGCCUAUCAAGGUAAUAAUUAUAAAAUUAAAUAAAUGAAUUGAACUCUUACUUUAAGAAGCUGUUGGUUUAAGGACAGAGAGACAGGAAUGGAGCUGUUCAUAAGCAAGUUUUAUGUGACAGCAGAAGAUUAGUGAAGGUAUAUUUUCUGCUAUGCAUGUGAAAUUUUAAUGUUUAAAGAAUGCUUGUAUAUACUUGUGUGUAUAUACCACAUUGUUCUUGGUUUAUAAAUUAACUUUUUUAUGUCUUUACUAUUUUGUAUAAAAAAGAAACAUUUCUAAAGAAAGAAUAUCUUUGUAUUCCAGUAUGCCCUCAAGCCUUGAAACUUUAACAUCUGCAGCAAUAAACCAGCAUUUCUAUGUAUGUGUGGCUGUAUAGAUAUAUAGACACACAUACCCACACACAUGUAUGCACAAAUACACAGUAACAUUUUUAAAAUAUUUGCAAAGUUUAUAAUAUUUUUAUCAUGGCUGAGUUAAAAAAAGAUGAGUAAGAGUUCUUACCUAUUCAUGAAAAUGCCCCUUAUGUGACUUAUGAAGCAAAAUGUACUGUGUGCCUUAAAGUGUAUUUUUUUACUAAUAGAAAUAUUAUGGCACAGUUAGUACUGCUCUCUAAUAUAACACUUUCUGUUAAUCAGUUUAUAGGCAUUAUUCCCAUGUGGCUGAUUUUUCUGCAGUUAUUAAAAGAGUUACACAUUUCUAAGUAUACCACUAUUGUUACAGAAUAAAAUUGUUUAUUAUAAUCCGUU